AUGAACCAAUUCUUAAAGGAGCAUUUGAAUUGUAUUUCUAAACAAAAGAUGAAGCAGAAUUAAAGGAUACUAUUAGUCGAAUACUCAAAUUCAGCAAUAUUUGAUAAUUAUUAUUAUAUGUACAAAGUUAAACUUAUAGAUUCAUCCUAAUUUUUAGGAUUCUUCUAAACAUUAUAAAUGUAAAAUACAUAUCAUCAAAAAGAAUGUUCUCAAAUAUUAAUUGAUUGA